UUGUCGCGAUUUCUUAAUCGCCUGACAUGGGAACAUUGGAUGGGAUGGUUUUGCUUAAACCACCAGUACUUCCAAAAGUCGUACCUGCUGGGAUGAUCGGACACGGGGCACAGAACUAAAUCGAUUCCACCGGAAAUGUCGCAGCAAGUUUUUCAAGUGCAAACAUCGCAGCAUUGUAGCAAUGGCUGGCUGCAUGCACACCACGACUGGUGGUUUGCCGAUCGGAAGUUUGAGUUGGUCAUUCUUUUACUCGCACGACUGGAAUCGAGUGGAGGACGAGAGAGCUGCUGACGAACGCUCGAUGAAGUUGCCGCGUGUUCUCGACGAAGUUCCUUGUAUUGUACUUUCUAGUAAGUUUCUAGUACUUUCUAGUAUCUACCUGUUCUUGUGGACCUGCCCGGUUAUGGGAAUGCUGGAAAGACGCAGUUGGAAAGACGACAGAGAUUCAGGUAGGCGUCAUGUGUGAAUGCUGCCGGUUUUAGAGGUGGGGGGAACAGUGGAUGACUUCUUGAAUCUCUUUGGUUUUUGGACUUGAAAACUUCAUAAAAGUCAAAAGUUAAAAAGGUAAAAGAUGGUUUACGUCAGUGGUGAUGGACCGAUGGUUGAAUUCGCGUCCGCAUUCAGGAUCGAGUGAUAUUAGCUCUGUUACCUCCAGCAUCGGCGAGGUCCUUCAUAUUUCAAAAGGUCCUCUUCUGCAUAUUUGACGAUCAUUGUUUCUAUGUACGGGCCAGCCUGUUGUCGGGUUUCAUAUGUACUCUAUGGGACAAUUUUCCGGUUUCAUACGUAUUCAAGGGGGAACAAUUUUCUUCAGGUGAAAAUCGCACACCCUACGCUGGUGGUUUAUGACCUUCUAAUUAACCACGGCUGCGUCCAUUUUUUCCUCACAACCCGGAAAUGGAAGCGGGGUACGGUGGUUGGUUUCUGCUAAAGCUUCUGAAAUGCUGAGCCUGAAUCUCCAAGUUUUCUCUAUCGGUUUAGCGAAACGCAGAGGUAGUGAUGAUGUUUGAAUUGCCCGGUACGGCGUCAGGAACGACGGAUUUCCUUGGACCUAGGGGAUAUGGAAAACGCAAUAGAGAUGGAGAUGGAGAAGAUGCGGACUUGUCUCUGCCAUCCCGUGCUGGCUGUUUUGAUAAGAGAGAGGUCCGGUUAUGGCCCGCCGAAGCAGCAGGUGACCGCAGCGGAACAACUAUGUACCUGGAAGAUGGAAGUCGAUUGACGCGGUGCUGCGUUGUUUCUUUCGACUCUUCCGGUCGUUUGCUCGAGAGAGCUUUCCAGAUAUGGCCGCGGAAGCGGGUGACGGAGUUUCAGCAGCUCUCGAUUAGAUGUACAGAACGAGGGAUGAUGUUUGGGUUUCCCAAUUUCGCCUCGGUGAGGAACGGUGGAUGUCUUUGGACCUCUGCGAUAUGGAUGAUAAUGCGGGCGCUCACUUGUUUCGGCCAAGUUUCCACCCGUUCCGAUGGAAACGUGUCCAACCGGUUGAAGUGAUAAAAUAGCUACUACUACUGUACAGCGAUGUUGGUCUUUUAGGUGUGAAGCUGUUGCGCGUGGAAAACUUGUCUAAGACGACUUGGAAGCAGCUGGCAGCAUUCCAUCUGUUUCCAUCUGUUUCCACGAAAGAGCUUGUCCGGCUACGAUGUCAGAAGCUGGAGGCAGCGUUUGGGAUGGGGCUCGAUUAUAGAUCGCGAUGGUUGAUUUGUGUCCGAUCUACGGUCAGUAACGCUGGAUUGCUUUGGGACCUCUUGGAUACGGAAAGAUGAGGGAGGCGCUGAAUUGUUUCUCGGACAUGAUCGACUGUGUCGAAGAAUUGUGCCGUUGCCCUUGGGCUGCGUGUGCACGUGAUCGCGAUGGUUGAUUUGUGUCUACGGUCAGUACCGCUGGAUUGCUUUGGGACCUCUCGGAUACGGAAAGAUGAGGGAGGCGCUGAAUUGUUUCUUGGACAUGAUGGACUGUGUCGAAGAAUUGUGCCGUUGCCUUUGGGCUGUGUGUGCACGUGCUUGGGUCUAGACGAUAGAAUUGCGAUUCGUCGUUCGCUUCUUGAUUCUAUCCUGGCACUCACUCCGCUUGCCAGAGUCGCCUGGUGUAGCAGCGACUCGUCGCCAAACUCACCUGGCUCACGUUUUGUAACUUGCAAACACUUGGGCUGUGUGUGCACAUGCUUGGGUCUAGAUGAUAGAAUUGAGAUUCGCGGUUCGCUUCUUGAUUCUAUCCUGGCACUCGCUCUGCUCGCCAGAGUCGCCUGGUGUAGCAGUGACUCGUCGCCAAACUCACCUGACUCGCGUUUGUACUCGUCGCCAAACUCACCUGACUCGCGUUUGUAUCUUACAAACACGUGUGCUAUUGUCAGGUAAGUUUUCUGGUUGUUUCCACGGAAGAACUUUCCGGUUACGUCUUUCGGAGCAGCAGGUGGUGGUGGCGUUCGAAUGAAUCGACUAUGAUAUAGAAUCGUAGGUGUGAAUUGCCGGAUUUCAACGCCGCGGUUGGGCAAUUUUUAACACUGCGUUCGAAUUGGCCGACAUUUGGAAAAAUUCGACAGGUCAACAAUAGGGACGGAGGAUUUCCUACCUUCUUCCCCCGAAUAGAAUGCAUGGUCAUUAUAGCUGUAUCUAGACUGGAAGAUGCCUCAAAUACAGCUAUAAUGACCGUACGUUGUAUUCGGGGGAAGAAGGUAGGCAGGUGCUUCAUGGAUGUUGAAGACAGUGGGAGAGUUGCCGAGGAGAAGUCUACGAAAUUUCUCGGUUGUUUCAAUGAGAAGGAAUUUCUGGUUGCGGCUGUGGAAGCAAGUGGUGGCGUGUGGUGGCUCGAUUGGAUGCUUGUACGUCACAAACUGAUGGUUUCAAAUCAAGGAAGGAUUUUUCUGUGAUGGUGGGUACCUUCUGAAUCUAGACGUAUGUUUCCUCUGUAGUACAUGUUGAAUAAGAUGAUGUUACCAGGGUUUCGCUGACAGUUUGUGCAUGUGAAAUCAGCGAGAUUGGGAAGUAGAGAGAAGUAGAGAGCUAGGUGGAGUCCCCUGACAAGGACAGGCCUUUAUCUUUCGAUUGGUUUAUUUUUCUGUAAUAUAACCUUUCUGUGAGCAGUGAUUUAAAUUUUUAACAAAUUCAAACCACCCGC